AGAACCUUGGCAUAUACAGCCAGUGGAGUUGUGUAUAUAUGUAGGGUUGGUAGCCUCUCGCUAUAUCCCCUCUUCUCCUUUAGAGAGCUGCUGAAUGUGCAUACCAUCUCUAUCCUCUCUCGUCUCUUCUGGCAGGAUGUUCAUGCAUUUGGAGGUCUUUUACUGUAUCUUAAUGUUAAUGUCUCACAUGACAACGUCUUGCUGCAGCUGGUCAGUGAAUAAUUUCCUUAUGACUGGACCUAAGGUGUACCUGAUUUACUCCAGCAGUGUAGCAGCCGGGGCUCAGAGCGGCAUCCAGGAGUGUAAGUAUCAGUUUGCCUGGGACCGAUGGAACUGCCCUGAAAGAGCCCUGCAGCUGUCCACACACAGAAGCCUCCGCAGCGCGAACAGGGAGACAGCGUUUGUCCAUGCCAUCAGUUCAGCAGGGGUCAUGUACACUCUGACGAGGAACUGCAGUCUGGGGGACUUUGACAACUGUGGCUGUGAUGACACCAGGAACGGACAGCUGGGGGGUACAGGCUGGCAGUGGGGCGGCUGCAGUGACAACGUGGGGUUCGGUGAGGCCAUCUCCAAGCAGUUUGUUGACACGCUGGAGACAGGCCAGGACGCACGGGCCGCCAUGAACCUCCACAACAACGAGGCUGGACGCAAGGCAGUGAAAGGGACUAUGCAGAAGACGUGUAAGUGCCAUGGCGUCUCUGGGUCCUGCACCACACAGACCUGCUGGUUACAGCUCCCAGAUUUCAGGGAGGUGGGAAACUAUCUGAAGGAGAAGUACCACCGAGCACUGAAGGUGGACCUGCUCCGGGGGGCCGGGAACAGUGCAGCCAGUCGAGGUGCCAUUUCCGAGACCUUCAGCUCCAUCUCUCGUAAAGAACUGGUCCACUUAGAGGACUCCCCAGACUACUGCCUGGAGAACCGUACCCUGGAACUGCCCGGCACAGAGGGCAGAGAGUGCCUGAAGAAGGGCAAGAGCCUAAAUAAGUGGGAGAAGCGUAGCUGCAAGAGGCUGUGCGGGGAGUGUGGUUUAGCCGUGGAGGAGAGGAAGGCGGAGUUGGUGUCGAGUUGCAAUUGCAAGUUCCACUGGUGCUGCGCGGUAAAGUGCGAGCAGUGCCGCAAGACAGUGACCAAGUACUUCUGCGUGAAGAAUGGAGGGCAGAGGGGGAAGAACGAGAGCGCCGGCAGCCGUAGGAAGAACCUGAGGCUGAGGAAGAAGCACUGAGCGGCAUCCAUCUUCCUCACCAUCAUCAUCAUCACUGCCACACUCCAUGUCUUCUCACAAGCUGAUUUUCACAGACCUCUGUGCACCAAAGCUGUGCCCCUCUCAAACAUUUCUACAACACACUUUCUGCUUUUGUUCUAAAGACAUCAUUGAAAAUGUAUUUAUUGAAUAAGACUAGUAUUGUUAUUAUCCUAAUCAAACGUUUAAUAGUUGGGGAGAAAAUGUGUAAAAAAAACAUGUUGAUGAAACUACAUGAUAGAGAAAGGAGGGUAACUAUUACUUGUCUAGAACUGAUGGUAUAUAUAUAUUUAACAGUAUAUAUUUUAAAAACUUUUUCCCCUUAUAUAUAAGUCAUUGGGCAUUUAAAGCAUGUUACAAUACGGCCGCUCUGAAUAAUCUCCUUCAUAUUUGAUAGCUUGAACAACUCUUCCUAAAUGGUCAGUCCAUGGCAUACCUCAACAACAUUUUAUUUAUUGUCAUAUGUACCACCAAUGAGCUAUGCCAUUUCUGAUUGGUCAGUUUAUCAGACAUUCAUUCCUGUCAUGAUGACAACUCCAGCCCAAGCUCUCGCUACGCGUGGCAGUGCCCCCAGCCCUGACCAGCCCUGACCAGCCCUCUCCAACCCUGACCAGCCCUCCCCUCCCCUCACCUCCCUUCCCUUCCCAGCCCUGCCUUAAGGAUGUAUUUAAUUGUAAAUAAAAUGAAGCACUUUUUCUGUAUAUUAUUAAUUUAUUGCACAUGUUUUUCCCAAGUUGUUGUUUUAUUGUUGAUAUUUUCUUUAAAACUUUUGUUAUUA